AUGAGGAGCUACAGCCUCCUCGCACUUCUCGCCACCGCCGGCCCCGCCGGCGCGGCCCCCGUCCCCGACACGACUCCGUCUGGCAACAGUACCAACUCUCCCCCCUCGGCCCUGGCGCCAGCCGGCACAAUCGCCACGGACAUCAGCGCGUCCACUUGGCUGUACUACGCCCCCGACUCCUCCCCCUUCACCCUGGACCUGCACGAGACUUUGGAGAUGGACGCGCACAUGGCCGCUCUGCGGGGCAUGAAAGCGACUUUCGUCCCCGCGUCCGCGAGCCGCUGGCUCAAAGUCGACGUGGAUAAGCGCACGCUCUCCGGCGCUGCGCCCCACCCGCACCGCGGCACGGACGUGUACGUGACCCUCCGCGCGUUGUGGAAGGGCCAGCCGCACGACAGCCACAUUGUCGUGCGCCUCGUGCCCCGGCCGGCGGGGCGCACGGGCGCGAUCGUCGGCGGCGUCAUGGGCGGCGUGGCGUUCCUCGGUGCCGUGGCAAUGGGCGUGUGGGCGAAGCGCCGGUACAGAAAGGAGGAGGACGUUCACAUCGAUGACACGGCUAGCGGGUUUUGGCGGUGGCGGUAUCGGGAGGGGGAUGAGGAACAGAGAAGCCAGAGUUGUAGUACCAUCUUCCUCAGCGAGACGACGGAUGGGCAGGUGUCCAGCGACGACAGCAGCGAGGAGGCUGUGGAAGGGAGCGAGAAGGAGGACGACGGGAGCGAGAGAACCGCCGAGGAGGUUGGUGCCGAUGACAAAGGCCCCGAGGCCGAUGACGAAGGCGAGGAGGCCGACAACGAAGUCGAGGAGGUCGCCAGCGACAGUUCAAGCGAGCGUACUGUAGUCCCUCGCUCCAGCUCCAGCUCGACGGGCUCUACCACCAUUGUGUCCGGCAGCGCGUCCGUGGGGUUCGAGUCGAGCCAGGCAUUCUCGCGCUCCUCCAGCCCAUCCACCAUCCGUGGUCCCCGCGCCCACAGCCCAGCCCCGUACGCGAACGAAUGCGCCUUCUGCCCCGCUUCAGCUCACCAGCUGCACCAGCUGGUUACCGCGCCGACCCAGACCACGGAGAGCAACGACACCGAGGGAGACGCCGUCGAUGAGGCCGCAGCGGCGGGGUACACUCGCCCCUUCCUCGUGUGCGGCAAGACCAGCGUCCACAUGCCCCUCGCCCCGCCCAUCACCCUUGCCGUACCGCGCCCGUCGACCGCGCCCUUUGUCCGCACCGCCACGGGCAUCCAGGACGUGCCCUUCACCUCGGGCCAGUUCCCGGCCGGCUGGACCGUCAUCUGGCCCAGCACGUAUUGGCGCAAUACCGGCCCCUGCUUCGCGUCGUACGUCGCGUCGGCGACCGACGACCCCGCGCUCCAGAUCACGCCGGGGGACUUUGAGCCUCGUGCGCCUGCCGCGCGCAAGGCGAUGCCGCCAAUCGCGCUCCCCCUCGCGGUUCAGAGGAUGGUAGUGCGCACGCGGCGUGCGUUCUACCCCUCGACUAUUGUCGCCAACGGGGCAUAG